CACUGUCAAGUACAUAUGUACAGCUUACUAAAUUCUUAAAAAUAUUCUAAUAAAACAUUAAUCUGUGAUAUUAUUAAAAAUUAUUACUUUACAAUCAUAAUUUACGGUAGUAUACAGCCGGAUUUAACUGUAUAAGCGUACAAAUAUAUCAUACAAAAUGUUGGUACUUGUCCUCGGGGAUCUUCACAUUCCUCACAGAUGCAGCAGCUUGCCAGCUAAGUUCAAGAAGUUGCUACUACCUGGAAGGAUACAGCAUAUAUUGUGUACUGGAAACUUAUGUACAAAAGACUCCUAUGAUUAUUUGAAGACUUUGGCCAGUGAUGUGCAUGUUGUUAGGGGAGAUUUUGAUGAGAAUGCGACAUAUCCAGAGCAGAAAGUCGUCACAGUUGGACAGUUCCGCAUUGGACUGAUUCAUGGACACCAAGUAGUCCCUUGGGGCGAUGAAGAGUCUCUAGCUUUGAUACAGAGGCAGCUGGAUGUGGACAUCCUGAUAUCAGGGCACACGCAUCGCUUUGAGGCUUACGAACACGAGAAUAAGUUCUAUAUCAAUCCUGGUUCAGCUACUGGAGGUUACAGCCCUUUAUACAGGGAUCCUACUCCGUCGUUUGUGCUGAUGGACAUUCAGAGUUCGACAGUGGUCACCUACGUUUACAAGCUCCUCGGUGAUGAAGUCAAAGUUGAAAGAAUUGAAUACAAGAAGACAUGAUCUGUUAUACUUUCCGCCAUUUAGUAACAUGAGUGAAUAUUUUAACAGAAGUGUAACAUUAGUUUUAUGAAUUUGUUUGGUUAAACACAUACACAUGUUUUUGAUAUGGGUGAUGCUAUACGGGUUGUAUCGCAGCAAAUUACUGUUGGAAAAUAAACCAGCAGGCAAGUAUCAAUUUUUCUAAUGAAAUACGUACUUAACAAAUGUUCACGAUUGACUUUCACGGUGAAGGAAUAACAUCGUGUAAUAAAAAUCAAAUUCGCAAA